AUGAAUAAUAUCAACAAUAAUAAAAGUAUUAAUAAUCCAGCAACACCACCAAGGUCAAGAUGGUCGAAUGUUGAACCUACAGAAGAUUUACCAAAGAAACAAUUAUUAUUUCCAUCAACACCAAAUAAAAGAGAUGAACUGGCAGGCCCAGUAACACCUUCAACAGUACAUAAAAAUGGAUCAUUAAAUGUUCGCAAUCAACUAUCAUCUCAGAAUAAUGGUAAAUUAGUAUUUAAAAAUGGACCAUUUUUACAACCACCUCAAGAAAAUAUGAAAACUGCAAUUAAUUCACCCUUUAAUGGAUUAAAAUCACCAGAAUAUACACCAAUGAGAAGAUCCUCAAUUACAGGUAAAAAAGAUACUUUACAUAGUGUCAGUAGAGUAUUAUUUCCAGCAAAUGAUUUGGUACAACAAAAUGAUAAUGAACCAGCAAGAAAAAAAUUAAAUGUACCAGGAAUUUUGUUACCACCAAGUACUCCAAAACAAUCAAAUAUAACGGAAACUUUUAAUACGCCAAAUGAGAAGAUAACAAAUUUUGAGUUAUCUAAAGAAUGGUAUAAUAAAGAUUAUAACGAAAUUACAAAUGAUUCUGAUAAUGAAUCUGAAUUUAUAUCAAAAGAGACAAUAGAAAAUCCAUUCAUGUCGAAGGGUGUACCUUCGAAGGAAACUCGUGUACUAAGAAGAAUGCAAUUAUUAGAAGAAGAUCCUGACUUGGAUAAAUAUAUCACUUACGUAAAUAAGAAAGGUGAAAAAGUUAAACAAAGAAGACUCUCUAAAAAUUCCCAAAAAUUAAAACCAAAAAUGCUAUUCGAAGAUCAAUUAUACUCUGAAGAUAGAAGCGAUGUCGAUUUAGAUAUAUGA